AUGCUGCAGUUACUUCCAACCCUGCUCGUCCUUAUUGGGAUGAGCCUUGCAGCGCCACCGGCACCGCCGCCAGGAACACUCGAGGAAACUGAAAUGCCUUUUCAGGCCAACAACGUGUUCAUCUACGCCGAACGAAUCUGCAUGAUCAACAAUGCCACCACAACAUGGGGACGGGCACUUGAGGUUUUCCAGGGAGAGAUGUGUGAGGGCCGUGCUCUCAAGUCGGAUUAUGCCAAUAUCAAAACCUGCUUUGCGGGCGGACGUCCUGAUAAUCAACUGGAGAAGGCUUUGCCAAAACUGAAAUGCAGCAUUGCACCCUUACUCUACAGCAUGUAUUUUGACCGGGUCGUUCGUGAUUGCCCUGAGGAGAGCGAGGCGCAGCACAUCACUGCCCGCGCCAUGAUUAAUGAGGCGACAUUCUAUGCGAACUGGCCUCAAAAAAGCAUUUUGGUGAUGGAAGGUGCCGAAGUCUCCAUCAAAACCGAGCCACAAGAUGAGGGUUUUUCCGGCGUUGAGGUCAAAGUCGAAGCCGACAUUGAUAUCAAGGAAGAAGUCGCCAGCGUGUCCAGCGCCCCACAGUCAACCUCAGCUCACCCAACCAUCGUCGACAUAAAGCCCGUCUCCAUCCCGAUGCCCCUACUUCAGCAGUCUGGCGAGGUAUUCGUCGGCGGACAAGGAUCGACUCUACGAGGCCAAGCGAUACGCCAUGGACAUUUCGAUUCGACAGAUUAUGCUCCAGCAACAGCAGGCCCACCAGCAGAAUCAACAAAAGCAGCACAUGUACGCGCAGCGUUGGCGCUGAUGGCCCGAGUGUAUGUUGGCUCGAUUUCCUUUGAGGUAACCGAAGACAAGCUGCGCCAAAUCAUGAGCCCGUUCGGGCCGAUCAAGACGCUGAACAUGAGCUGGGAUACGAGUACGGGGCACCACAAGGGCUACGCGUUCCUCGAGUUCGACGUGCCCGAGGCCGCCCAGCUGGCCCAGGAUUCGAUGAACGGCGUGCUGAUGGGCGGGCGAAAUCUUAAGCUCGGGCGCUCAUCGGCAGCCACCCCGCAAGCCCAGCCCAUCAUCGACAUGAUCCAAGUAUACGUCGCAUCGAUUCAUCCUGAUCUCUCUGAAGCUGAUGUCAAAAGCGUGUUCGAGGCGUUCGGCGAGAUUGUCAGUUGCCGAUUGGCCCGGAACAAUUUCAAGGGUGGCCACAGAGGCUUCGGCUACAUCGAGUUCAACAACUACGCGUCGAUGAACGAGGCGAUCGCCGGCAUGAACAUGUUCGACUUGGGCGGGCAGCUUUUGAGGGUAGGCCGAUGUGUAACGCCACCAGAAGCGCUCAGCUACAUCGUUCCCGCGUCCGAACUACCUGCCCAAGUCGUCACCCCUCCACCACCUCCACCACCGCUCGGCGGCGACGACGCCAUGGAGGUCGAUGAUCAGACGGAGCAGACUUCGGCCGCGAUACCUCCACCCGGUCUCGUUCAGGUCCCGCAGCCAACCAUUGUCAAGCCGAAGCUCUCCGACGGCGCCGGCGCCCCGCAGAAGAAGAACCAGAACAAGAAGAAGGGCGGCAUGCUGGAUCGUAUCAAAACAUAUCAAUUUGACCCGACCGCCAAGGCGACGUUCGGAGCACCGAUAGGAGAGAACGGCGACGAAGAGGAGGAGGAAGGAGAAGAUGAAACGUUGAUGAUCACUGCCUCUGGCGAGCGGAAGCGUGACGUCCAAUCGUUGGCGCUCAGCCUCAUCGACAAGGGCAACCAACAAGUGGCCGUGAGGGGUGGAGGAUCAUCCGGUGGAGGAAGGGAUAGCCGAGACAAGAAGAAGUCCAAAAACAAGGAACCGCAACCGGCCUGGAAAGUGGCGGCCAAGGAGAAGCGGAAGGCUAGGAGAGACGCAGCGCAAAGUGGCCCGAAGUUGAACACUGAAGCAGCGAUGGCUGCCGUCGAAAAGGCCGGCUUGAUGAACGAUGCUAUCAUCGAGAAGGAGGUCUGCUCGGAGGAGGCGACGCUCGCUUCACAAGAAGGAUUGGAGAUUCGAGGCAACGAGUCUCGCCAUCUACUGAUGACCAAGCUGAUGCGCAUCAACCGCUCGUGCAUUCUGCUGCUGAAAAACAUGGUCGGCCCUGAGGAUCUUGACGAGCACCUAGAGGAGGAGGUUAAGGACGAGUGCUCGAAGUAUGGUCGUGUUGAGGAGGUGCUGAUCGUCAACGACGAGGCGAACGCAGUCGUCAAGAUUUUUGUCCGCUACGCCGAGCCGAAACAGGUGGACGACGCCAAGGCGCAGCUCGACAAUCGUUUCUUUGCCGGGCGGACGAUCAGCGCGGUCAUCUACGACCAGGCCCUCUACGAGUUUGGCGACUACUCGGAUGCAGCGAACGGAUCUGAUCGCCUUUGCUUGGACCAAUCCCUGUUGACGUUCAACACCGUGGAGAUUAUAGGCACUUUCCCGGAAAACGGAAUAGGGAACUGCGGUAUCCGCAGCAAGCCAAAUGCCACGCUGUUCAAUAUUGCCUUUGGGAAUGGCACCUAUAAGAUUCAAUCUGGGAUUGGCAGCCAACAACAAUCAAAGACAUUCGAAUACUCCUUUCCUGGCAAGAACUUUGAGUUGCAUGUCAAAGUGCUCGACGGCCAUAUGAUGCAAAUUAUGGUCGUUGUUGAUGGACUACAUCAGUAUUCGUUCCUGCAAAUUUCGGAUGACCCGGCAAUUGACAUAGGGCGGAGCCGUGUUAUUGAUUGCUCGCAAAUGGCCUCCUGGGACGUGAUAAACCGGGAUGUGUCGCCUCCUUCUGGUCCAGCGGGAUUUGCCUGUUCGGGCGAAGUUCCACUCAGCACAACACCGACGGAAGGUUGGAGAUACUAUGAUGCCGUUUGUGUUUCCCCGUUGGUGGCCGGCCAGAGCAUUAGUAUGGAAAGCUAUUUCACUGAGCAAGACUGGAGCCUUCUAACGUCAGGGAACGUCGACUGGUUCAAUGUUGGGUUUCAAUAUGUUUCCAAUUGGGAGCAGACCCAUGGAAUCGAGACAGUAUUGCUUGCGGAGCUAUCGAGCAACACUGCAGUUCUAAACUCUUGGCCGGAACAGUUUUCCGCCGACUACUCAUCAGUCUGGCCCUCUAGCAAUCUAAUUAAAUGGAAAUAUACUUACCUAGGUGGGACGCAGGGACAGAUCACUCUAGAAACCGAUAACACCCAAUUGGAGCCGUGGAUCUUUGAGGAUCCUUAUUUUCCUGUCGGCAAACCGUUAAUUUUCGAGUGUUAUGCAAGCGAUUGCGCGAUUACAUCCGAAGGAAUGCACUCCUACGAGAUGGCCGCCUGCGAGCCACCUCCUCCGAAAUGCGGCAAGGGCAACAAUCGCAAGCGUCGUAACGCUGCAUCUUCGUCCGAUCGACGCGAUCAGCUGAAAGCGCUUCUGGGCGGCCGGCUGAAGUUUCCGAAAAAGUUAGGACGACUGUUUGACGCCAAA